UUUGGGUUUUUUUUUUUUUUUUGUUAUUGUUUCGGGUUAUUGGAGCAACUGAGCCCGAGGAGGAAAGCACGGCUGUCUCGGUCGAGUUUUUUCGUUGUUUUUCUUGCGGACUGUGAAUCAAGUGAGUCGCAUACAGACGGUUGGUUUAAAGAGGGGUGAGGGCUGUAAAGGUGCAAAGUAGCCUGGCUUUGUUUUGUGUUGCCAUGGACAAGGCUUGGCAGGUGGAGUUUAGAAAUGUGGGCUGCAGUUACUUCCCUCAGAGCAGAGUUGACUGCCACUAUACACUGAGCUCACAGCACAACUGGGCCAGCAGUGACUGGAUCGGGCUCUUUAAGGUGGGAUGGUCAUCAGUGAAGGACUACCACACCUUUGUUUGGGCACUGGUCCCAGCUGACUAUCAAGAAGGCACAGAUGUCAACUGCUGUGUGCAUUUCCAGGCCUCCUACCUGCCCAAGCCCAGCUCCCAGGAGUAUGAGUUUGUAUAUAUUGACGCUAAAGGGGAAGUGUGCUCCCGCAGCUCCAAAUUCACUUUUUGUGCACCAAAGCCCCUUGAGGAUCUGGUGACCCUUGAGGAAGAGACCCAUGGAGAGGAGGAAGGCACAGACAUGCUGCUGGUAGUACCCAGAGCUGAGCUGCUGCAGAGUCGACUCCAGGAAUGUCUGCGAGAGCGCGCUGAGCUGUUGCACGUGCAGGAGGUGGCAAAUAAGCAAAGGGAGAAAGAGAAGGACGACUACAAGAGGGCGAGGGAGGCCUGGGACAGACGACGCAGAGAGUUGGAAAAUGAUAUUGCCAGGCUGCAGGAUGAGCUGCAGCAGAGUCUGGAGAAGAUUGAGAAAAUGGAGAGGAAGCAGAAGGAGGAGCAGGCUUUAGGAGAAUCACUAGCCCUGGAGAAAACUGUCUUAUUGGAUGCAAGGGAGGCCAGUGAAGUGCGGAUCAAAGAGCUGGAGGAUGACAUCCAAACCCUGACACAGAGAGCAAUGGAAAGAGAGACAGAAUUGGAAAGGAUGAAGGAACGAGCCAAGAGAGCCGGAGCUCUGAGAAAAGAAGAGGAGAAUGAGAGAAAGAGCCUGCAGACCAAACUGGAACAGACUGAAGGUGAGCUCAAAAGCCUGUCCAAGGAGUUCCAGGGCCUGAGGAACUCCCUCGCCCAGAGAGAUACCAGUGUCCUGCAGCUUCAGAAUACCAUCACCACCCUCACCCAGAAGCUCACCACUGCCCACAGGAAAGAGACGGAGAGCGAGGCGUCACUGAAGGAGAUGCGAAGCCUGCGGGAGCGUCUGCACAUGAGUGAGCGUGCAGCAGAGGGCUUAAAGAUAGAUCUAAGUGCCAUGGUAGCCCAGAGGGAUCACGGCCAGGCCGAACUGCAUCAGGCCCGGCUGCAGGCUGCUCAGCUCACCCUUCAGCUGGCAGAUUCCAGUCUGGCCCUGAGAGAGGGAAGAGCCCACUGGGCCCAGGAGCGGCAGAAUAUGCAGCGCAAUGCUGAGAAGGACCACGAGCGUUUGGAGAAACUCAAUGCAGAGAUGCAAAGGAUGGAAGAGAGGCUGCAGGAGGAAAGGAUGGAGAGAGUGAAGCUGGAGGUUGAGCUUGGAAGAGAAAAAGACUGCAACCGGGUUCAGCUGAGUGAAACCCGCAGGGAGCUCCAGGAGCUGAAAGCCAGCCUGAGGGUCGCCCAGAAAGAGAAGGAGCAGCUACUAGCAGAGAAACAGGAGUUGAUGGAGUACAUCUGUCAGCUGGAGCAGAAGAUGGGAACAGUGGCCGGUGCCAAGUGGAACGCUGCCCCGAUUGCAUCUACAGGGCGCCCUGAUAGCGUGUUAUCUGACUCCGAGGAUGAGAACCCAGAGGCUCUGCAGAUCCUCCAUCCACCAAGACCUCUGGGACACUACAGCCUAUGUGAGCAGGGCCAGCCGGACUCCUUGCUGCUUUCCACCCCUCCUCCAUCCCCCAGGGAGGUGGACAGGAGUGCGGUGGUCAUCAACCAGCCAGCCCCGCUCUCUUUGCCACACCAGGCCGGCGCUGACACUCUGGCUCACAGCUCUGAUUCGGAGGAGGAAUCUGAUCCACUUCAGUGUGGAAGGAACAGCUCUGGAGAGGAAACAGCACUUUUGUUGCCUGAGCACAUGGACACUGCUCUCAGUGAUCUGGCCGACACCUCGCUAUGGUAACCGGCGGUCAUCUAGCCGCGGCCACAACAAGUGACAGAAAAAGGAGGACUUGGUCGGCGUUUUUCCACUUUACUUCCAGUAACAAGCACACAUACAGCUCACUCACUACACAGACAGAAAUGUUAAUAUGCAAUUACGUCGUAUCUGAGGUGAACCUUAGCUUUCCCCCUUCUAGACUGUUGUGUUAGCGCCCCGACUGUUUCGCCAGUGGUUGCAGGUCAACGCCGUGUUUAUGACAGACAUAAGACGGGUGCACGGUUGGAAGCGGCGGGCUUUUAGGCACGGGCUCCGGCGUUUGAGAGUUUGCAGGCUGUAGCAGAAUGAUUUCUGUUGAAUCAUUGCUAUGUCGAGAGCUUUACGAUGGAUGUUAUGUCGUUUUUAUGGCAUUUGUGAUUAGGAGUCAUGACAGGCACUGUAAUUAUGAUGUUUUGUGCAGGCCCGGCUCCACUGGAAAUCAUGGCAAAACUGACUUCCAGCAUUAAAUUCUCCACAGCAGCUUUGAACACUUUUCAUGGCGGCAUAAAGUAAUGAUACGGCAUCAUGCUAAAUUAUAUCGCAGUAGUGUAGGUCUAUGACAUCAUAUUUCUCCUCCAUUUGCUCAGAACUAAGAUUUGAUGAGCGCUUUCUUGUACGCAUUAGCAGUCGAUUGUUGUCAUGCAGACGCCGUUAAGGUGAUUGAGUGAUGCAGAUGCUCUCUGAGAUGGACAAGAUUUUGAAAUAGGAAGCUUAUCGAACAGAUUGUGCUUAACGCCACGCGCAACUUUCUGUUUCAGUAACUUCAUAUCACUUAUUAUAGAGUUAAUGCUCGUAAGCUUUUCACUGUAGAUCAGCUGCGGUUUUUAUUUGUCAAUGAACCCGGAUUUUACAUUUAAUAAUGAUUGAAAUUUACUCGCUGUUCGUUUGAAGAUUUAGAAUCUGUCUUUAUUAAAGUUUAUAUUGUACAGAAAACUUCAUUCACACUCAUGCAGUUCUAAAUUUGUGCCUCAAAUAAUGAAGUAAGAGUCAAAGAAAAUCAUCUUUAUAGACGCUGACAUCUCCAUCGUGAUGUUGGUACUUUCCCCUUAGCCCUAUGGCGAUAGACUGCCAGAAUAGAAAUUGCUGCCUACCUUUUAAUCAAUACUAUAUGCAUUUUUCAUGAUUUUCUAUUUAUAAUUAACAUGCUGCAAUUGAGCUAUUUUCAGGUUUCAUUUCAAUUCUGUUUUCACACGACUCUUUGUACGAUGUGUAACAAAAGUUUCCAUGCUUGGCUCAGAAAAAUUCAAUAGAAACCUUGAUGCUUGAUUUUAUCUGCUGUAUUUGCACCCUAUUUUUACUAUAGAAGAGUUUUUAGAGUAAAAGUUGAUAUAUGGAUACUUCUGUCAGUUGUGUUCUCUCAUCGUUAUCCUAAUCAUUACCACGGUGUGUCGUGUUUACUCAUAUUUUAUCUACUUGUCAUGUUUUUGCUUUCAAAUACUCACAUGGACUCGACUAAGGUUUGAUAUUUGAGUUACAUCGUGGCAAGUUAUCGGUGCUAAUGAAAGGGAACGAUACCAGCAUAUUAUGUUAGAGGUAGAUGUAAGAAAUAUGCACAGGAAUGGAUUUGAAUGUUUAAAAAGCUUCAGUGGGAACGGGAUUAUUAAAGUAGCCGUGAAAGGAGUAGAUGUCUAUCCCGCCUCUCGUUUACCUUGUGCCGCUCGGUAUGCUGGUGUUACACUACAUAUACUCUCCAUAUAUAGAAGGUUUUCAAGGAGCCUGGUGUUCUUCCCCAGAAGAUAGCACACUAAAUGUAUUCUCCAUAGUCCUUGUUUGUAGUUGUAAUCUGACUUUAUGUCUUAAGGAAGUUAUUUUUUGUUUUUGCUGUUCCACUGAGAGCUCCCCGUACGCGUGCUCCUCGUCACGACGCCGUCUCUCACUGCAAUAAAGCUCCAGUGCUUACAGUUUGUUUUGAAGUUUUGUGUGUGAAGGUUAUCCCACAUGUACGCCUUUCGUGUAUUUUCUUACCUGUCAUGUAACGGGUUUGGGCGGGGUUCUGCAUAAUAAAAAGGUUUAUGUAUCCAUUA